CUUCGGUGUUACUUCAUUUGGAUUCAUCCUUUUCUCUUUCCUCCUCCUUAGAUUCUCAUCCUUUCCUUCAAUCAUCAUCAUCAUUUUUCUUCAUCAUCAUCAUCAUCUCAUAUCUUCUUCUAAUUAUUUCCUUUGCCUUCUCUCCAUUGACACACAAUCAAUCUCUUUCUCAAUGAUCUAAAAAAGUUCUUCUCCUUCAUUCUCUUUCAUUUUUUUUUUAUUCUCUCGUUGUCUUAUCUAUCUCAAUGUUUACUCUCACAUUAGAAAAUUGUCUCCAAUCUCUCUAAUUGUUUAUUAAUUUCUCUCUCUCUCUCUCUCUCUCUCUCUCUAUUUUCCAACAAUUUAACUAAUCACUUUGUUCAUAUUGUUACAAAAAAAAACGUAAAUGUUACACAUUUGAUUGGUUCGAAUUAAAUUCAAUUCUAAUCAUCUCCCAAUUCUCCGAGUUUUAUUUUCUCUUGUGGUUCUGUUCAUUUUUCCUUCUCUCAUAUGUAACUUUCUGUUUCUUUCCAAUGUGAUGUUUAUUUUUAAAUGUUCACCAUGUUACCAUUAUUACCUAAUCGGCUAAUUGCUUGUUAAUUAUCUCUUUCAAUUUAAUGUGAACCUCAUUAUAAGUUAAUUGUUGUCUUUUAAUUAGAGUCAAAUUUUCAUUUCUCUCAAAUUGAUACAUUCAACUCUCUCCAUUUCCCAUUGAAAUUCUCGUUCUUUUCAACGGAAACUAAUUUUUCCUUCAGUGUGGUUGCUUUUGUUUUCUUCUCUCUCUCUCUCACUGUGAUUACUGUUUUGUUUUGUUUUUCUUUUUAAUUGUUGUUAAUUAAUCACAAUUAAUCAAUUUUCACCAUCUCUAUCUCUUUUCUAAUUAGUCUCUUUGUGACAUUUCCCCUCAUCUUUACGUGUACUUUAACCUCGAUAAUGUCAUGUCUUUCGUACUUAAUUAUAUCUUUUUACCUUUACUCAACUCUUUUUGCUUCUUUUGUCUUUCUGAAUCAAACAACAGAAGAAGAAACAAUUAAUCUAACCAGUAUUGAUCUGAUUGAACAAGAAUUAUUGGACAUUCUUCUUGGUGAUAAAAUAACCAAAUUAGAACAUGAUGAACGUGGACAAUGUAUCUCUGUUAAAUCAGAUGAAGGUGUUUACUCAUAUGUAUCACCGGGAAAUAUAAGUGAAGUUUGUGGCCUUUAUGUAAUUGCUCAACCCGAUCAAAAGGUGGUCUUUGAAUUUGAAAGUUUCUCCGUUGAUUGUACCGAUAGUGGACUUUUAAGUGUUGUAGAUGGUUGGGAAUUGAAUGGACAAUUUUUCCCUGCCAUUAGAGAUCAUCCAGUUCCAAGAGAUGAACGUUAUCAAGAAUUUUGUGGUUCCAAAAAGCCUGAUAGGAAAUUCGCAAUGUCUCAAAAUGUGGGUCUAAUUGAAUUCCGAAUACCAAAGGAACUCGAUGGUUUCAAGAUAAACGUACGAUUCCAGAAUAACCCAGAACCUUGUAAUGCGAUCCUUCAAAAUCCUCAAGGUGUUUAUACGAUAAAAAAUUUUGGACGAAAAACAAAUUGCAGUGUUUCCAUUAUGUUCCCUGAAAGUUUCCAGAUCAUUUCAACCGAUAUUGGUGUUAGGGUGAAGGAAGGAGAUUCCAAUUCCAAUGUUAACAAUAAUACAAUUGAAACCGGACUCAUGAGAGAAUGUAAAACUAUCGGUGUCUCUGAUUAUGCUGAGAUAAUUGGUGGCGAUGGACUGGACACUGACAUUAUGAAUGUCGCUGGAGAGUUUUGUGGUCUCGAAUUUUUAUCAGGAAAAAUUAAAGUUGAUAUCGCUUGUGGUAAUACAGCGGUUCGAAUGGUAUCAAGUGGACGUUAUGAGAAUUCAAUUACAAUUGCUUUCGAUUUGAUAACACAAUUUUCAUCGUCGAAUUUAAUUUGUUCAACAUUUCGUGAAUUUCAGUGAGAAAUGUUGUUAACCCGACAACAAAUUUUAAUCCAAUGGAUUUGGAUUUACAAUUAACUUAUUUAAAAAAACUUUCGAUGUCACCUAAGGUCACAAUACGAAUGAAUUUGACUUUGGAGAGUUUCUUUUUUUUCAUUAUCAAUUUGUUGAACGAAAUUAUAUCAUUUUAUCUGACGAAAGGCUAAAAAAUCAACGUGUAUUCAUUUAUUACAAUCAAAUUAAAUUGUGAUGGUAAAAAAAACUGGUUUAAAUUUAUAUAUAAAACAACAUAAAUCCAGUUAUAGUUUUAAAAAGUUACAAUUUAAAAUUUGAGAGAAUUAAAAAAUUUUGUUACCUUUGAAAAAAAAAGAAAAAUCAGUGAAAAACCCCUUUAAAAUUCAUUAAAUGUAUCUAAUUAAUUGUA